AUGACUGGCUUAUCUUCCAAGUGGGUAUACUUUGUUGAGGGACCCACAUUACAACAAGGGGCUUGCGUUCACAGAGAGAGAGAGAUGCUCAUUACUUGCUUGGUGAAGAAAAUGAUGCACAAUAUUCGCCAAUAUCAAGUUCCACUUCAGAAGUACAUGGCCAUGAUGGAUCUUCAGGAGAGGAAUGAGAGGCCGUUCUACAAGCUUCUCAUUGACAAUGUUGAGGAACUUCUCCCGAUUGUCUACACUCCAACUGUUGGUGAGGCUUGCCCGAAGUAUGGGAGCAUUUUCAGGCUCCCUCAGGGUCUUUGCAUUAGCUUGAAAGAGAAAGGAAAGAUUCUAGAGGUACUGAAAAAUUGGCCUGAGAGGAGCAUUCAAAUUAUUGUCAUCAUUGAUGGUGAGCGAAUUUUGGGACUUGGGGAUCUUGGUUGUUAG